CUUCAUUGACGUCCAACCGCAGUCUCAUUGCGAAAUAACGCUUGAGUGGAUGAACUGCGUCAAGUAUUCAACAACUCACAUAAACCGGAGGAUACGGAUGAAUUCGCGAAGUCCUUCUCUAAUAAACCAUAUCUGUUGAGUGGCAGCACCGCGGUUCCUGCCUAUUCGUACUCAUCUCCUCGUUUCAUCUCCUCCCUUUCCCUUUCAUACAUAUUCUACGUCUCCUCAACAUGGCUACCGAAGUCGCCCUCGAAACAUCAAUGGGCACCAUUACCCUUGAGCUGUACACGCACCACGCCCCCAGGACAUGCGAGAACUUCUCGACCCUGGCCUCGCGCGGCUACUACAAUAACACCAUUUUCCACCGCAUCAUCAAGGAUUUCAUGAUCCAGGGCGGCGACCCGACCGGCACCGGGCGCGGGGGCACCAGCAUCUACGGCGACAAGUUCGAGGACGAGAUACACCCCGAACUGAAGCACACCGGGGCAGGAAUCCUCUCCAUGGCUAAUGCAGGCCCCAACACAAACGGCAGCCAGUUUUUUAUCACACUGGCACCCACUCCUUGGCUGGACGGAAAGCACACCAUUUUCGGACGAGUCAAGAAGGGAAUCAAAGUGGUGCAGCGGAUGGGACUUGUGCCCGUCGAUGGCGACGACCGGCCAAAGACAGAGGUAAAGAUAAAUAAAGCCUACGUAGUAGAGGCGGGCGAAGAUGAGGGUGUUUAGAGCAGGGGUUGCAAAUUCUGCAAAGAUGUCAUAUUUUCCUCGGCCUACGCUCCGUGUAUGAAUGCAAUUAUGUCCCGCGCCAUGACUAUAAUACACGAGGGCAGAUGGCAGAGCGCCCAGGACAAAUCAAGAAGCUGGCAACAAGCCAUCAGAUCUGUCGUCCCUGUACCCUGAGGGGGACACAACCAAAGAAUC